AUGCUGUUUUAUCAUGUGAAGGAAGUGCUGUUUAAGUUCUAUCAGGAUGACAUUGCUCGUGUUAUCGGUGCCUCUGUGCUGCUGUUUUCCUUAGUCUGCACACUUUAUCUAAGUUCCGUCAUCGGUUUGACGAUACUGCUGCUCUUCACCAAUGGGUGUGCUGCGGCCGUUUUCGUGCUCAACCACAAGGACACCUUUGGGCGAUACAUUCAGAGGGUGAAAGAUUUUCUCGGCAUAAAAGACUAUGAUUCCGGCCGUCACCAGGAGUGCGCCGUGUGCGGAAACGAACGAUGUCCACGCCACAAUCGCAACGUGCUGCAGCCCGAACCGUGGAAAGGGUUCUUGAUUGAACGGUCGCUCGACGAGGCCAUCGAUAAGCUGUUCACCCACAUACUGGACACCUUCGUGCGCAGCUGGUACAAUCAGGUGACACCUGACGAGGAGUUCCUGUACCACCUGAAGGCCAACUUUCGCGACGCCCUGUGCCGGUUGGUGCUGCGGGCCAAAGAAAUCGAUGCGCCCGCCGUCAUCAUGAACCGACUGCUUCCGACCGUGUUCAUUCACUACGAAAUCAUCGCCAAAAUGAUGCUCGUCGAUGGCGUUCCGAUGGACAAGCUGGCGAAAACGUUCGUUAUCGAUGAGUACCCGAUCCACCCGGCCGUACUGAACCGCGGCGCGGAGCUAAACUAUCUGCGCGGUGUCGCCAAAGUGCUUAUUCCGCGGCUAUUCACCGCAGAGAACAGCGGGUGCAAAAUUUUCUUCAAUCUCGUCAAGGAACUGCUCACGUUCUGGGUGCUGCUUCCGAUCAUGGACGUCAUUGCGGACCCGAAUCUGAUCAACCUGCUCAUAAUAACGGCCACGGACAAGCGGCACAAGGACGGCUCACAAAACCGCCCCGCCGAUCCGCCCGUGAACGAUCCGCGUUGUGCGCGGGUUGAAAUUCUGCACGACUUUAUCGACCGUAGUGCCCGGGGCGUGGACUACGGUGUCGAGGCGCAGAGCGGCCCGCGGGAAAGCUUUUGGACCGACCAAAACAAACUGUACUACUUCAUGCAGUUUCUCAUCAAGGAAGGAUCCGUCGAGUUGCUCCGCUUCUACCUGGAUGUUGAUAUUCUGAACAAGGAGCUUGAGGAUCCGCACAUAACGACGGACCCAACGAAGCUGUCCUCGCUUCAUCAGCAGUCCGAGAAAUUGCUUCGUAUGUACCAAACCAUGGUACGGGCCAGCCCGACCGGUGCCGAAGAGGAGCCGACAGUGAGCACACUAACCGAAGCCCACGAACGGGUGCGCCUGAAGCUGGAGAGCAAGUGGAGCAAACAGUUUAGCAAAACCUCCGAAUACUUUGAGCUAGUUUACGGAACUCGAGAAAUGGCGGAGCAUCCAGACAAGCGCACCGGACAGGAUGGGGCCACCGUCCCGGGAACUAGGUUUGGCACGAAGUUUAGAGAAGUGAUCCGCGGGGCGGUCGAUGGUGCGCCCAUUGAAGCCACGGAAGCACCCACCGUGUGGGACGCACUGAACGAUGUGCACGCAAUGCCGAGUAAUAACAUCUACAGCUCGGUCACUCAGAAGCUGCGUAAGGAGAAGGGCCAAAGCUUGGACGUGUUUAUGACCACUUUUAUGCAUUCCAUCGAGCAAAGCCCCGACAUUGGCGAGGACGUCGCAAUGGAGAAGACAUCGGCCAAGAAGUGGACCAAAGUUCCCGGCCAAAGUGUUGUGUUUGGUGAUCUGUUCGAGCUGAAGAAGGCGUCCAAAAAUACGCACACUACCACGCUGCUGUCCCACAGCGUACGAGGCCCAUCGCAGUGCUUCGUCUAUAUCCUGGUCAAGGUCCUUAAUGCUCCGUUCAUCAUCGUCCGGUUGGCGUUGGCAUUUUGCUGCGUGUCACGCAAAACGGUGGACACGCUGAUCAAUUCGCUCACGGCCAAGCUGAUCCGUGCCGGGUUGAAGCAAACUCGGCUAGCCUUUCUCAUCAAUCUGCUGCGCGAGUACGUGUUUCUGCGGAAGCAGCCGGAACCGACGCCUGCGACACUACUGAAACGGCAGCAGGAGGCUCGCAAACGGCUGGAAGACCUCCGGGGCGGGUUGGGCAACGUGACCGAUGUGCUGCAGUCCCCGGUACUUAACAAACACCUGAUGUACUGUUUGUUCGACAUUCUGCUGGCCGAGAUGUACCCAGAGUUUGAGGACGCCGCUAGCACUGGUAGGGACUAACUGUGUGAUCGUGUCGAAUGAGGCUCUCG